AAGUGUCCAAACACAGAGAAAAACUCCUGCUGAAGCGACUGAUCUCCAUACUGUUAUAAAGAUGGCGUUUAUUAAAGAGGAGAGUGAAGAUGUGAAGAUUGAAGAAACAUUCAGAGUCAAACAUGAAGAUCUGCAGGAACAAACAGACCUAACUGAAGAGAAUGAGGGGAGUAAAGAGGAGGAACAUCAUGUCAAAAUUGAGGAAAAAACCCAUUUUCAGACUGAUGGUAUUUUGAAAAGGAAAGACAAGAAUCGUUUCACCUGCACUCAGUGUGGAAAGAGUUUUGGAAGACAAAGCAGUCUUAAAAUUCACAUGAGGAUCCACACUGGAGAAAAACCAUUCACAUGUACUCAGUGUGGAAUGAGUUUCAUCCAAUCAUCACACCUUAAUAAUCACAUGAAAAUCCACACUGGAGAGAAACCAUUCGCAUGCACUCAGUGUGUGAAGAGUUUCAGUUUAUCAUCAUCCCUUAAUCUACACAUGAGGAUCCACACUGGAGAGAAACCUUUCACAUGCACUCAGUGUGGGAAAAGUUUCAGCCAAUCAGCACACCUUAAUGAACACAUGAUGAGCCACACUGGAGAUAAACCAUUCACAUGCACUCAGUGUGGGAAGAGUUUCAGCUGCUCAUCAAACCUUUCUCAACACAUGAGGAUCCACACUGGAGAGAAGCCAUUCACGUGCACUCAGUGUGGGAAGAGUUUCAGCUACUCAUCAUACCUUAAUCUACACAUGAGGAUCCACACUGGAGAGAAACCAUUCACAUGCACUCAGUGUGGGAAGAGUUUUAACUGCUCAUCAAACCUUUAUCAACACAUGAGGAUCCACACUGGAGAGAAACCGUUCACAUGCACUCAGUGUGGGAACAGUUUUAACUGCUCAUCAAACCUUUAUCAACACAUGAGGAUCCACACUGGAGAGAAACCAUUCACUUGCACUCAGUGCGGGAAGAGUUUCAGCCAAUCAUCAUCCCUUAAUAUACACAUGAGGAUCCACACUGGAAAGAAACCAUUCACUGUCCAAACGCAGAGAAAAACUCCUGUUGAAGCGACUGAUCUCCACACUGUUAUAAAGAUGGCGUUUAUUAAAGUGGAGAGUGAAGACCUGAAGAUUGAAGAAACAUUCACAGUCAAACAGGAAGAUCUGCAGGAACAAACAGACCUGAUGGUGCUGAAAGAAGAGACUCAUCAACAGAAUGAAAUGGAAGAGAAACACCAAGACAUAACGACUGAUGAAAAACCCACACUGAUUGAAAAGACGUCAUCACGAGGAAGACCUCGGAAAUCCAAAUCUGGGUGUAAUUUCACUUGUCAUCAAUGUGGAAACCAUUUCAGCCGAAAACACAGCCUUCAAGUCCACAUGAUAACUCACACUGGAGAGAAGCCUUUCAGCUGUAAACAGUGUGGGAAGAGUUUCAGUCAAAAGCCAAACCUUUAUGUUCACAUGAGAGUUCACACUGGGGAGAAACCUUACAGCUGUGAACAGUGUGGAAAGAGUUUUGCUAAAAGCAAUGACUUUAAAGCCCACAUGAGAAUUCACACUGGAGAGAAGCCGUACACAUGCCAACAGUGUGGGAAAAGCUUCCGUAAUACAGGAAACCUCACAUUCCACAUGAGAAUUCACACUGGAGAGAGGCCUUUCUCUUGCUCUCAGUGUGGAAAGAGUUUUAAGCAAAAUGGCACCCUUGAAGUCCACAUGAGAACUCACACUGGAGAGAGAAUAUUCACUUGCACACAGUGUGGGAAAAGUUUUGCUCAAAAACAAAGCCUUAUCAUCCACAUGAGGAUUCACACUGGAGAGAAACCUUACACAUGUACUGAGUGUGGUAAAAGUUUCACAUGUAAUAGCGCACUCAAUAACCACAAGAGUACUCACACCGGAGAGAAGCGGUUUGCAUGUUCUCAGUGUGGAAAGAGCUUCACAACCAAAGCUAGCAUGAAGAACCACAUGAAUGAUCACACUGGAACUAUAGUGUUCACAUGUGAUCAGUGUGGAAAGAGUCUCACAUGCAAAGACUCCAUUAAGCAACACAUGAAGACUCACUCAGGAGAGGAUCGUUUUAGAUGCAGUGAGUGUGGAAAGGACUUUAAACAUAAAAGAAGCCUCAGCACUCACAUGAAGCUUCACAAUGGAAAGCAGAGUCCUCAACACUGAGACCUUGUCCACACAAACGGGUAUAUUCAAAACGGAAGCUUGUUCUCGUAGUUUGACUGUUCAUUUACGUGAAGUUUAUGUAUAAACUACUUUCAAGAGGAUCACAUGCUUAUGAUUGUUCACAACUGCAUUA